UCCAAUGUACUUCGGAACAGUAGAAAUCAGAUUACAAUAUGCACCUACAUUCUGGUCUCAGAUGCAUCCUGUUAAAACUCAAAUAAACGCUUCUUUUGUUCUCAAAGUUGAAGAGACAAUGUUUAAAAUCUGUCUCAAUGUGGAAAAUUGUGAAUCUUAUCCAUAUAAAUUUAAGUACAAAACAAAGAUUCAUAGGAACAUUACUGUUAAGAUAUGCCUACCAUAUAUUCAUAACGUAUAUGGUGUGGACAAUGAAACAGCAUUACUUCAGGGCGACACAAUUAUUGUAAAAAUCUUUAAUUUGCUGAAAGAAAAAUAUGAUUUUCGUACGGCUCAUGUACCAGAUUAUGAUGCGGUUUUACGAGUUCCUUGUGGCAUGCCCGAAAACUACGACAGAAUCAUUCCUUCUGCUGUAUCUGAAACUUCAAAAUUUUUAUCAUCAAAGCGGCCGAACCAUUAGACAAAUCCAUUGCUCUACUCAAGCCAUUCAGUCUUGUGGUUUGGUUAUUUGCUGGACUAGCGAUUCCACUCAUAACUCUCAGUUUAUUUUUGCUCUUCACUUCAGAAGCGAAAAUGAAAUGUAUGAAAGCUCCAAAAUUGUUUAGCAUAUUUUGGAUUGUAGUCCGUUGUUUUUUUCGUCAAGAUAUUGAAAUAGAAUCCAUCAGAUUGAAGACAAAGUAUAUGAUCCUUGGAAUUUGGAUGUUAAUGGCAUUCGUUUUGUCUUCUGGAUAUUUGGGCAUUCUUCCUUCGUUUUUGAUCUUUCCAGGGGAGGAAGUGAUUCCGCAUAAUUUUGUUCAACUGUACGAAGCUGUAAAGCAGGAAAAGUAUCGAAUGGAAACUUUUGAUGG